AUGCUUGAGUGGUCUGAGGUGGCAACUUGCAAGACGAAUCGCCGGUGUGGAUUCAUGUCAAGGACUGUAUUGGAUUACGAGAGGGACACGGCAGUUAUAUCCGGCCCGUUGGGAUUUCCAGCAGCAAGUUUCUGCAUGACAGACGACCGAUUUCCACCACUAUAUGAUAGACAGCAAGGACUGGUGCAAGGGCAAAAUCGAAAUGCGAACCCGACAAGUGAUUUUGACUGUCGGAUACCAACAAAUGAAAAUCUCAGGGGAUCUUCAUGCAUUGCAAUAGGAGUCGAAAUUGGUGUCAUGUACAUCGUUCAAUCCGGCUAUGCGAGUGGGAACUUCGACAAGCAAAGUGACGGGGGCGGAUAA